ACGCGUAGAACUUGCAGUUUUGUGAUUUUCUUAUUUAUAUAUAUUCGUAAUUUGAUAGGAAUCGUUUAAUUGUAGUAUUAUCUUAUUAUAUUCAUAAUGGAUGAUGUCGUCAUAUAUGACGACUUGGAAAAUUACAACGACUUAAAUGUGAUUGAAGAGCUGCGAAAUGAAAACAAACAGCUCAAGUUCAAAGUUGAAGAAUAUUCCACGUCCCUGGCCAAGCUACAGAAAAAUAUUUUACAGGAUUAUGAUAAAUUAACAUCAGAAUUUAAAAUAAUGGAGAUAAACUUCUCUUCACUACUGAAAACUUCCCGGGCGGAAAUUGAGAGGAAGACGCAGAUUAUUACUAACCUCAAUAUGGAAAAAGAUACAAUGGUUCUCAAUUCUAUACAGAACUCAAAUAAAAGUAUAGCAAUGUUAAGAAGAAAUAUGGUUAGAGACAGAUCUAACAAUCGGAAAUUACGAAAAGAAACUGAGGUUGACGCGGGAAAACCAAAUAAGAGCAAUGACUACCAGGAAAUUAAAAAAUAUGAGUUAGAAAGAGACAAAAAUGAAGACAAACGCCUGCCUUCAGUAGACACUGUUUCAAGUGGUCAGAUUGAAGAAGCAAACAAAAUUGAUAGCAAAUUAGGGAAAGAAUCCUUUGGCAAGAGUAGUGAAAGCAAAGAAAAUAUCAAGGGCAAAAGGCCUCAGUCUCUUAGGAACAGACGAAAAUCUAUGCCAGUUGCAAGUAAACACGCCAACUUCAGUUCAGAUGAAGAGUAUGAAGCUAAUUGCUCUGGUGAAGAUAUUAAUAAUAAAAAGGAAUGGCCAGCAAGAGAUGAUAAAAGCAGAAGACAUCCCGACAGACACAGUCACAAAAUAUCAGAAACGUCAGGUAUUGACGAAAAAUACUCCAGUUACCAUGAGUCUUCUAGAGAAACCUACUAUAAGGGCAAGUCACACAGACAUAGUGACAAGUAUAGAAGCACUAGAGAUAGAUAUGAUAGUACUCAGAGGCAUAAGAGAUAUUAUAGUCCAGAAAGGAGUCGCCGAUCACAACGUGACUAUUUGGAUGAUCCAUACCAAAGACAAGAAUAUGCAAGGCACAGAGUAUUAGAAAGUCCGCCAGUGGAAAAGUACGAUACCCAACGCAGGUACCGCGAUAGGCGUGUUAAUUAUGAAAAAGAUGAUCCAAAUGAUGAACGAUAUAGAAACCGCGAAGAGAGAGUCCCCGCCAAACAUAAAUUGUCGGCGGAUUAUGAGGAGCCAGCACCAAAACGUGUUAGAACAGAUUCUUCUACCAAACCCGCUGAAGAAGAAGUUAGGCGGCAAAAAGAUUAUCAAACUAUAGAAGACAAACGGAUGCCAGAAUUUUCGGAUCAUUUGCAACAAACGUCUUGCCAAUCACCUGACUAUACACAUCCAGAUGUGCUAUCUGCCCAUCCAGUGAAAGAAAUCAUGAGCACAGCCGAAAUAAAGCUCGAAGAUCCAAGGUUUACAAGUAAAAGAUAUAUCAAGAAACCAGAGGGACACAAAGUUACAUUAUUGGCUGCAGACAGUGGAAAUAUUGACUUAAAAGUCAUAGACACGUCAACGUGGGACAUCCCCCGCGUGGAUGUCCCCGAAGCUUUACAAAUACCUCCACAUUACACGGAUGAAACAGUGCGUGACUUAUACAUGGACAUAGAUAAUCCAGUUUCCAAUAUGUCAACGGAAUCUGGGAGUAACGUGGGUCCCAUUACUGACUAUGUCACUGAAAGCUUUUUCCAAGAUUACGAAAAUGAAAGACUUAAUCAAGAAAAUAUAAGACUUGAAUCUAAUAAGAUGCAAGAACAUAUAAAACUCGAGUCUAAUAUGGUGCAGGAUGAACGAAAAGAAGACAGUGCUAAUAUGGAAAACCAAUCAAAAUCUCUAGUAGCGAAAUACAAAAUUCCGAAAGUUAAGAAACCAGAUAAAGAUGAAAAAUAUAUACCUAACCCAUUAGGAAUACUGCUUCAACAGUUGCAGACUGCAUGUGGUGCAGAUACAACAAUUAAAGUACAUAAAUCUAAACUUGAUGUUGAUAAAACUUUUGGUACAGAUGAUGUGAAUUCUCAAGAUAAUAAAUCCAAAGAUGCUAGUGCUGACAACGAAACAAAGCAGACUCAUCAAGCAAAAUUGAGAACAAGACGCAAAAUGUCCACGAGAGAAAUAAUCGAAGGAGAUUUAGCAUUAAGUGAUGAAACCAGCGAUAACAUAGAUGUACAAAAACCGAAAGUAGUCUUAAAAGAGCAGCCUGAAAAUAGCAGAGAGAAGUCAGUGAGUGUCAUAGAAAAACCUGAGGAAAAUGAGGAAACGUUGAAAAAACAUAAGACUGACAUUAUAGUUAGUCAAGAUAAUAUAGAAAAAAUACCGUUAAUAGAUAAAACUGAAAUAUGCCCAGAUAUAAAGAUCAAGAAAACCAAAAAGAAAUCCCAGAAAAAGAAACGGGAAAAAUCUGAAGAAACAAAAAAUGCUGUUGAAAAAGAAAAGGUGCCUGAAAAGAAAACUAAAGUUAAGAAAGAAAGAGAACAUAAAGUUCAAGAGAGGAAAGCUAAGUUUACGGACUUGUUUGGGGAAAGCAGUAGCCUAAUAACACCUGAAGAUUUAGGAGUGGCCUUAGUCCAGACACAGACUGAGCCUACAAUUAAAUAUGUACCCAUAUUUGAAGAUGCGCAAGAUGCAGACGACGUCAAUGUGAAGGCUUUAGCGAAAGCCCAGGAUGUCCCAGAGACAGAAAAUGGUACAAAACUUGUGGCAACACUUCAGGUGCCUGAAGUGAUUUCAAAACCUGUAGAAACUACUAAAACUGGGACAACACCUUAUGUACCUGAAGGAAUACCUGAAACAAGUAAACAAUUAACUCUAAACCGGGAGGUACCUGAUGAAAAUGAGGUUUGUGUUUCUGUUAAAGAAACUACACAGGACUUGUUUUUAAAUACAGAGGUCAUUGCCAAAGAACCAGAUGUCGUGAAAACAGUUAUUAUAUCAACAGGGGUUCAACCUCGAAUAGACAGUAUUGAACCAAAUAUAUGUAGUAAAAUAGCUGGUAGUAUUGAAAAUACUCAACCAAUCAAAGCUCCAACGAGUAAAUUAGUGACUAAAGUGCAAAAUGUUUCUUCUGCUUUAGCCACUUCUACGCCGUAUAAGAAACAUUUAGUGUUAGAAACAGAGAUAGAGUCCAGUUGUACAUCUAGUGAAAAUGGGAUCCUAAGGGAUGAUACCUCCUCUGUUGAUCAAUCUUCAGUGUCGAAUGGGAUUGAACCACGAAAUGACGACGAUGUGCCUGACGUGAGAAUAUUUGUAAGAAGACGUAGGAAAGUAAAGAAGUAGUAUAUUAUGUAAGCAGAUUUAAAUUAUAUAAGAGGGGUCAAUUUAGUGUUCAACGUCGCUGUGCAGUCGCUGAAUUAUUAUUGACUUGUACAUAUUUGUAUAGAAAGAAAUAUGCAUAAGCAUAUCACAUUACGUUAUAAGUUAUGUCUCCAGAUAUUGUCGUGCCGCGGUGGAUAGAGGCACUGAAACAUUUUUUACUUUGUACUUAACGUUUCUAUUUUGUCGACAUUUUUUGUACAUAAUAUUGUGUAAAAGUUGCAAAGGUAAUAUAUUAAUAAUAUAUUUGUUUAAAAUGCAGCUACGAAACAGAAAUACGGAUUAUGGUGUUAUCUGUAUUUUCAUAGAAUAAAAUAAAACUAACUGAUUA